AUGGAGAGUCUGUAUUGUGAUGAGGUGGGGCUUAUGAGUCCUUAUACUACUACCACCGUUGAUCAACAACACAAUGCGCAUAAUAAGCAACCUUUAGGAGUACUGGAUCAGAGUUCCUUCUAUACCUCAAAAGAAGAUUGCGAACAAGCUUUAAGUAUUUGCCUACAAAAAGAGUGCACUUACUUGCCACAGCCGGGAUACUCGGACUAUCUUAAGACUUACAAUUUGAUCAUCCCAAGAUUCAUAGCUAUUCAAUGGCUUAUCAAGUCUCAAAAGCGGUUGAAUCUCUCUUUUGGAACUAUCUUCAAUGCUGCAAAUUACCUUGAUCGCUUCAUCUCUAUGAAUCUGUGCCACGGAUGGAAGUACUGGAUGUAUGAAUUGCUAUCUGUUGCAUGCUUAUCUGUUGCCUCUAAGUUUGAUGACACAGCCUCUCACCCGUUCCAUGAACUUCAGGAGGAUCUGGACCAUUCAUUUGAAUCGAGCAUGAUUCAACGGAUGGAAUUGUCAGUAUUGAAGGCCCUAGGAUGGCGACUCAGCUCUACAACUGCAUACUCUUACAUACAACUGCUGAUAUGCAACAUUGACUCCCUAAAGCCUUCCCUUCUCGAGGACUUAACCACCCGAGUCACUGAACUUCUUCUCGGCACCCUUUUAGAUUUCAAAUUCCUAGAGUUCAGGCCAUGUGUUGUCGCGAUAUCUGCACUGCAAUGCAUAUUUGACGAGCUACUGCCAUCAACAUCCGAUGCCCACAUUGCCUGCGUUGUCAAGCUCAUUCCUCAAGAGCAAAAGGAUGAUCUGAUGAAGUGCCAUAGGUACAUGGAAAAGCAAUUGGUUGACCCUAAUUUGUACAACUUAAUAGCAUGCCGGUACUCCUACUACUGCCCUUCAAGUCCCGUGACUGUAUUGUCGACGGAUCGGGUUGAGAUAUAUGAUUGCCAAAUUGAUCUCUCUCGCAUUAAUGUCAAAGCAAGUGUGAAGAAGAGAAAGAGGGAAGAACAGUAGAGAUGGUGUUAUAUAUGAAACCAUCAUGAUCUCGCUAUUUUAUUGUUAAUUUGUGGUGUUGUACUAAGGCUGAGGAUAGGCGAAGCCUAUU